AUGGUCAGAAAUUUUAUUUCAGCAUUUAAAAAAAUUGCAAUUGCUGUUGCACUAAUUGCAAUUUAUAAAAUCAUUUCAUAUUUUUCACCCUAUUUACCAUUCUUUGGUGGUAGUAAAAAUCAUCAAACUUCAUAUUAA